AGAGGUAAGGGUAGGGUUUCUGUGGGACUCCUGAGAAACAUAAUGUACACAGUGUAUGAACAUCGCGUGCGACUCUCGCGAGACAUUUGACAUUCGGAUGGUUACCUUCUAGACACGACCUCGGAAGAGCCUUGCGGAGCUGCGGGCAGAGAGCAGAGGAGGAUACAGUCAUGUCAGAAAGCGGGAAUGCACAGUCGCAGGACGGAGGAUCCCAAGGCGAGGUCACGGCGAGCCGGGUGACGACCCCAAAUGUGGGCAAUAGAGUGACCGUGGUGCUCGGAGCUCAGUGGGGCGAUGAAGGGAAAGGAAAGGUGGUGGACGUGCUGGCCCAGGAUGCAGAUAUUGUCUGCCGAUGUCAGGGAGGCAAUAAUGCAGGACACACAGUUGUGGUUGAUUCAGUGGAAUACGACUUCCACCUUCUACCCAGUGGAAUUAUAAACCCCAAGGUUACUGCCUUUAUUGGUAAUGGUGUAGUCAUUCACCUGCCGGGCCUUUUUGAGGAGGCCGAGAAGAAUGUGCGUAAAGGGAAAGGUCUGGAAGGCUGGGAAACCAGGCUCAUCAUCUCUGACCGUGCACACAUCGUGUUUGAUUUCCAUCAAGCUGUGGAUGGAGUCCAGGAACAGGAGAGGCAACAGCAAGCUGGCAAAAAUUUAGGAACAACUAAAAAGGGUAUUGGGCCCGUAUAUUCAGCAAAAGCUGCUCGCAGUGGCCUGAGGAUAUGUGACCUUCUGGCUGAUUUCCAGGAGUUCUCAGACAGAUAUAAAUAUUUGGCUUCGCAGUACAAGUCAAUGUACCCUUCACUGGAGAUUGAUGUUGAUGGGGAACUUGAGAAACUGAAGUUGUAUGUGGAUAGGAUAAAGCCCAUGGUGAAAGAUGGAGUCUUCUUCAUGUAUGAGGCUCUACAUGGACCUCCCAAGAAAAUUCUGGUGGAAGGUGCCAAUGCUGCCUUGCUGGACAUCGACUUUGGUACGUACCCCUUUGUGACCUCUUCAAACUGCACAGUUGGAGGGGUGUGUACGGGUCUGGGCAUGCCACCUCAGAACGUUGGCAAAGUGUAUGGAGUUGUCAAGGCCUACACCACGAGAGUUGGGAUCGGGGCUUUUCCUACUGAACAGAACAACGAAACUGGAGAGCUCUUACAGACUAGAGGCAAGGAAGUGGGGGUGACCACAGGUCGCAAAAGGAGAUGUGGUUGGCUGGAUCUGGUGCUUAUCAAAUACGCCCACAUGAUUAAUGGCUUCACAGCCUUAGCUCUCACCAAACUUGACAUCUUAGAUGUGCUUCCUGAGAUCAAGGUUGGUGUGGCAUACAAAGUAGAUGGUGAAGUCAUCCCCCAUUUCCCAGCAAACCAAGAGGUGUUACAAAAGGUGGAAGUCCAGUACGAGACUCUCCCUGGCUGGAAUACAGACACAUCUGCUGCCAGGACAUUUGAAGAGCUUCCAGAAAAUGCAAAAAAAUAUGUGCGCUACAUUGAAGAACACUUGGGUGUGCCUGUAAAAUGGAUUGGUGUUGGGAAGUCACGGGAAUCAAUGAUCCAGCUCUUUUAAGAGGCUGCUUGACCUGCAUGUAGCAAUGGCUGAACGCUCUGGACUCGUCAGGACCUCACAGGGUCUGUGCCAGGGAAAGGAAGUUGCAUCACAUGUCACCUCUCCAGCCUGAAUGCAGUUUCUCCAUGGCAAGAGGGUUGGACAUUCUUUUGUGUCACUCAGAUAUUAUUAAUUAAUUGUUAAUCGAAAAGAGGCUUUCAACUUACUAGUAUCCAUUGGUCUGCAAUGUCUUUGCUCCUUACCAAAAGCUCUUUUUUUUUGCCAUCAUUGAACUGUUUGUCAUCUGUCUUUUUCUCCUCUGGUAUUUUGAGCUAUAUUAAGCUCAGUAUCUCCAUCAUGAGUCUAUAAACUGUACUGUAUAAGUGCUACUACUUUAAACAGUCAGGCGUCAGUAGUGGUGUACAUUGUUGUGUUGAUACUGCAGGUUUUCCAUACAGGAUGGGUAAAACGAUUCCUUAUACUGUACAUGUUAUGUAUUUUUUCAUUUAUUGUACAAAAAUCAACUGUUAUGCAAUGUGUGCUAUCACACUUUGUCCUUGUUUUAAAUGGACUGUAGAUUGUAUUGUUCAAGUCAACUUAAUUCAAAAGUACAGUUUUUUAAAAGACGGUUUACUUAUUUCUUUACCAGAUGCAUAAAAACUAAUGAUUCGACUUCUAUAAUUCAACAUUCUUUUAUUCUGAAUGAGAAAUGUGUGCAAUACCAUCUCAAAAUGUAAUACUAUCACAGUGGGUGUUCUACAUUUUAUUGACAAAUAUUAUUGAAACAUUGUAAUCUAAUUUGUUAUGAAACGGAAACAUGCAAAGUUGUUUCCAUAAAGUUUAAAGUGGUAGUUCACACAAAAAUGAAAAUUAUCUCAUCAUUUACUCACCCUCAUUCCAUCACAGGUGUGUAUGAUUUUCUUUCUUCUGCAGAACACAAACAAAGAUUUUUAGAAGAGUAUCUCAGCUCUGUAGGUCCAGGUUAGAAGUAUAUUUCAGAUCUGUUGGUCCAUACAAUGCAAGUAAAUCAUGACCAGAACUUUGAAGCUCCAAAAAUCACAUAAAGGCAGCAUAACAGUAAUACAUAAUAAUCCAGUGGUUAAAUCCAUCUUCUAAAGCGAUAUGAUUGGUGUGGGGUAAAAACAGAUCAAUAUUUAAGUCCUUUUUUUACAAUAAAUCUCCACUUUCACAUUCUGAAAGUGAAAGUGGAGAUUUAUAGUAAAAAGGAUUUAAUUAUUCAUCUGUUUCUCACCCAAAUUAUUGCAUUAUUGUCUUCUGAAACAAUUAAUCCACUGGAGUUUUAUGGAUUAUUUUUAUGCUGCCUUUAUGUGCUUUUUGGAGCUUCACAUUUCUGGCCACCAUUCAUUUGCAUUAUAUAGACCUACAGAGCUGAAAUAUUCUUCUAAAAAUCUUCAUUUGUGUUCAGCAGAAGGAAGUAAGUCACACAUCUGGGAUGGAAUGAGGGCGAGUAAAUGAUGAGAGAAUUUUCAUUUUUGGGUGAACUAUCCCUUUAAGCAUCUAAUAUUGUAAAUUUUAGAUAAAAUUUUAGGUUGUGGGGACAAAGCCACUUUGAUUAAUAAUAUAAUAAGAUAAAGAGAUACUUGCCUUUCAUUAUGGACUGUCAAAGUAUAGAUCCUAAAGAUAUUUAAAUGCAUUCAUACACCAACAUGGAAGGCCACCUCAGGACGUACAGUAUGACUCACUGUUUAGACAGUAAAAAGCACUGAUGUUUGAAUGUUGCAGACACUCCUUUUCUUCUGUGGUUGCUAGUUGCUGCUGCUGUAAUAGGUCAGGUAUAUCGAUGACUUCCAGUAGUACAUUUACAAAACCUUUAAAUGUUAGAGAUUAUCUAAGUAAUCGAAUGUAAUAAUUACUACAGCUUAAUUUAUUAGAACUGUCAUGUUUCUGAAACCCUGGGUCAUUUUUUUGCUUUCCAUUGACCCAGAUUUUCUUUUUUAUUCUGUUCUGUCACACCCUCAGUAAAUAACCUUCCAAUAAAUAACCAAUAUAAGAAAAAGUGUGCCUUGUUAAUACAGAUGAACAAUGGAACUUGAAAACUAGUCCUUGGUCUGAUCGAUCUUUUAUGGAUUUUAAUUGAUAAACCUCAGUAUUUUACCUUUUCAAGGGCAUUAGUGACGUUGCCAUUUGCCAAAAGUGUACAUGUAUCCAAAGAGGUAUCUAAAUUGAAUUGAGUUAAAUGAAUGCUGUGAUAUAAAGAGCCUUUGUAAAUGACUGACAGAAACCUGUUUCAGGUUUAUGAUAAAAUGCAUUUUAGGUUUUGCUCAUACCUGCUGAAGAAAUGAUGUAUCCUGUUUAUUUGUUUAGCGAUGUCUAUUACAUGUCACACACUUCAUCUGAACAAAAUAAACAGAGUAGCUACUAAAUGGCAAGAAUAGUCUUAGAACAGGUACAACAUUCAAAUCACAUUCUGUUCUUCAAAUUCUUUGAAUUCUGUAUUGUGUUGCUGCUGAUUGAGUUUUUAUGUAUGUAUUCAGAAAACAAAGCCAUAUUCCCUUGAUCUUUUGUUACUGUAUGGUGUUUUUAAGGACACUUUGCUGGUGGUGGAUACUGAUGGCUGUGCAUGUUCAUCUUGUGGAAUUUGUACAAGAGGUCACUCAUUUUGUAAUUCAAAUUACCAGUAAUUAUCUUGGAUGGGUGGCAGACAACUGUCUUUCGAUCCAAUCAAUAAAAUAAUAUGGUGUGAAACAUU